UCGCACGGCCGUGCAUGAAUUGCUUUCUUCAUUGUUGCCAUUCACUGUUAAAACGUAUUGCUACCUGAGAGAAGCUUGUCUCUUGUACUAGUAGACGGCGUAGACUGUCAUGGAGGUCUCAAACGCCAAUAACGUUAAGAUCUACUCGGUCACCAGUGCGGGUCGUAGUGCUAUCCCUGACUGGCUAGCAAGGAAAAACGCAAAGAGCUUGAAGAAAGACCAAGAAUGGCGACGACGUAUCGAACUUAUUCAGGACUUCGAAUUCCCUGAGGCGUCUCUUCGAAUAAAACCCACUCGCGAUGGAAACUACAUUCUCGCAACAGGUGUUUACCAGCCCCAGUUGAGAGUCUACGAACUUGCCCAGAAGUCUAUGAAACUCGACCGACAUCAGGACUGCGAGAAUGUCCAAUUCGAGAUUCUUUCAGAUGACUGGACAAAGACGGUCAUGUUGCAAGCUGACCGAACCAUAGAGCUUCAUUCACAAUUCGGAAUGCAUUACAAAACACGGGUACCAAAGUUUGGACGAGACCUCGCCUAUCAUUUCCCAACCUGUGAUUUGAUGGUGGGAGGAGCGAGCAAUGAGAUCUGGCGACUGAACCUCGAGCAAGGCCGGUUUCUGAAUGCCCUUGCGACGGAAUGUCCUGCUGUCAAUGUGAUGCACAUCAAUCCGGCACAUCAAUUGUUUGGAUUUGGUGGGGAGGAUGGCCGGUUAGAAUUUUGGGAUCCGCGUGAGCGUCGAAGAAUUGGGGCCUUGGACAUCGGUACGGCGGUUGUAAAGUCUGUAGGAGCUGGAGUGCUGGAAGCUUUCCCGGAGAUAUCAGCGCUGAAGUUUGGAGAUGACGGUCUGACGUUAGCUGUUGGUACCGCAACCGGCCAGGUUCUCGUAUACGAUUUGCGUUCCGCAUCCCCCAUGGUUUUUAAAGACCACCAAUACGGCUUUCCCAUCAAAUCACUAGCUAUGCACUCGACCGGCAAUGUAGUAUCGGCGGACACCAAAAUUAUCAAGAUCUGGAACAAGGACACGGGUAAGGCAUUCACGUCCGUAGAACCCCCGAACGAUAUCAACGACGUCUGUGUAUGGGACAACUCUGGGUUGAUUAUGGUAGCAAACGAGGGGGUGCAAAUUCAGACGUUUUACAUACCCCAAUUGGGCCCUGCCCCCAAAUGGUGUACAUAUCUGGACAAUCUCACAGAGGAGAUGGAAGAGAACCCGGCGACAACUAUCUACGACGACUAUAAAUUCGUCACUCGCAAAGAGCUCUCCAACCUCGGACUGGAUCACCUUAUUGGGACAAAUGUUCUCAAAGCCUACAUGCACGGAUUCUUCCUCGAUCUCCGACUGUACGAAAAGGCAAAGGCUAUCGCGAAUCCCUUUGAGUACGAGGAAUACAAGCGCCGUAUGGUACAGGAGCGCAUCGAGAAGCAGCGCGCGAGCCGAAUUUCGGCGGUUAAGAAGUUGCCCAAAAUCAACAGGUCUAUGGCCGUCAAACUCAUGGACGGGGAACCAGGCGAUGACAUGGAUUCAGAUGAGGAAAGGAAAAAGAAGAAGAAGCGGAAGAAGGAGAUUGUUCGCACAGGGGCAUCAGCAGAGAACCCAUUGGGCGACUCCCGUUUCGCUGAUAUGUUCAAGGAUGAGGAUUUCCAGAUUGAUGAAACAAGUCAUGAAUAUAAAUUGCAUCAUCCGUCUGAGUCACGUAUGGCUGCAGCAAAGCAGGCAUUCGAGAAGGUGGAUGAUCAGGAUGUGGGUGACGAAUACAGUGAAUCGGAUCCGGAAGGUAAUGCAAGCAGUGACUUGGAUGAGUUUGACGACGAUAGCGACUCGGAUGAUUCAGAGGACGACCAAAUCCGAUUUACUAGACACAGAAAACCUAAAGCUGGGGACACCAAGUCCAAGUCAUUGAGCUUUUAUGAACUCAAAGAAGGCCACGCGGCAUCCCUCAACAAUGCAGACGCAACACGAAAAGCAUCCUCUGUUAUACAAGCUAAAAAGCAGUCAUUUGAGGAGAGGCUAAGGACAACAGGGGACGUCAGUAGGGAUAAGGUUGAGCGGACCCGAUCAGGGAACUUGUCUAUCACGUUCAAGCCGGGAGGAAAGGGCGAGACCGAUGAUCACUCGGAUGACGCCGCUCCACGCCGGGAAAAGCGUAGUGUCAAAGAAUUGGGAUUACCUGGCGAUCGAACGAGUGGGCGAGGUGGGCGAGGUGGGAGAGGCGGGCGAGGAGGGAGUGGAGGAGCACGAGGCAGAGGGGGAGGACGAGGGCGGGGAAGGGGAGGGCGAGGUGGGCGAGGCGGACGGGGACGAUAGAAUUUCAUCCGAUUUCGGAUAUGCGCGGCAACAAGCGUACACACAGUUAGCAAUUCUCCUGUAUUUAUUUUUUAGAUAAUUGCAUAUUUUAUUUCAAG